UGACAUCACAGUGGAUAGGGCAGGCCUGCCACUGGCUCCACGCUCCACUGGUGGGAGCAGUGGAAGGAGGAGGUACCAGUUUCUUGUUUGAUCCAAGGUUGUCCACUUGGAGCGUAACAGGACUGCUUGGCUGAGGGGGCUUGGCUGGGGACAUGGUUGCCAGGUUCCCUUGACCCCUCGUCGGCCCUUCGACUGCUACAAUGAGAUACGCUCCGGAGUUCAAGAAAUCGCCCUCGCACCUCCUGAAGAAAUUUGCAGUGUGUGACAUUCCUCUCUACGACAUCUGUGACUACAACGUCACCAGGGACCGCUGCAAGGAGCUGGGCUGCUGCUUUUACAAAGGCGUGUGCUACGAGAAGGCGGUGCCCAUCUACGUGCAGGUCUUCUCUGCCUUGAUCGUGGUCAUUGCUGGGGCCUUCAUCAUCACUAUCAUCUACAGGGUUGUUCAAGAGAACAGGAGAGAAAAGGAAGCGCCCACAGACGUACCUCCAUCUCCCAAGUCCAGCAUGAAAGAAGAGAUCGUGCCGUCAGGCGAGGAGGAGGCCUCCAAGCCCACGAGCUCAGAGCCGCAGACCAAGAGCGAGAGUGUCGGGGAGGGGGGCACCUCUUUGACCAUAAUGGAAGAGACCGACGACUGAGGGCACGACGAAGGCAAAGUGAAGGUUGGCAGAGACGCCCACCCGGAAGGGCCCAGCCGGCGAGCUGCCAUGAAGUGUGUGAUGGGAAGAGCACAAUGAGCAAACAGUAAAGGUAUUUUCAGUGCUUCCGGUUGCAUGUUGUCAUGGUCACAGCGGCCUUUCUCUCUGCAGACAGACCUGGCCUGUGGGUGCCAGGACGCUAACUGGGAGCUGUCAGCAGCCGGCCGCGCUGCUCGUGACCGCUGCUGGAGCCCGGCGGAGCCACCG